GCGGCCGGCCUCUCCACCCCACCCACCCCCACCGAGUUCUCAAGGCAAGAUUUGAGACGGAUUAAACACCUAAUCCGCGGGUUGGGUCUCGCCUGCAGGAAGGGCCUCACACCUGGCCCCACUGUUCCCCUAAAUCCCCGCAUCCGGGGAAUUAGCGGUCGGGUUUGCAGCUCGCUGCCUCCAAGUCCCCCCCAAGAAGGGAGCUGCAAGACCUUCAAAGGUAUUCUCCCGAUUCAGGAGACCCCACCCAGACGUCAACCCCUUGCCCGAGCAAGGGUCCCCAAGGAGGGUCUCAAGCGACAGUCUCAGAAGGCGCGACCUCUUUAAAGGGAGACUGUGGGCGCGGGCUGGAGGGCACGGGGAGCUCACAAACCCCGGCGCCAGGGUCGGACCUCGCCGCUUGCAACUCGCGGCAGCUCCCAGGUUCCGCCCCGCGAGAGCCAGGCUUCCGGGAGCCGCCCCGCUGGGCACCGCCCCCCAAGGCGCAGACGCUGAUUGGCCAGCGCGGCCGACAGGCGGGGCCAACCCUUAAAGGGGCGGGAGCUAAGGCGGACCGGAGGCGGCGGCGGCGAUGGUGAUGCCGCAUGGCCACACGUGGGUUUCUCCUAUAUCUUUCUGAUGCCCGCACCCAGUCCCAGGCCCAUGGAGCCCACGCGAGACUACCCGCUGUUCGGGGGCGCCUUCUCCGCCACUCUGCCUCCGGGGGCCCUUGACGUAAGCGACCUGCGACCGGUCCCGGACAAUCAGGAAGUUUUCUGCCACCGCGUGACUGACCAGAGCCUGAUCGUGGAACUUCUGGAGCUGCAGGCCCACGUGCAGGGCGAGGAGGCUGCGCGGUACCACUUUGAGGACGUGGGCGGGAUGCAGGAGGCUAGGGCCCUGCAAGUGGACAGUGUGCAGCCCCUCCUUUUGGAGAACCUGGCUCUCCGGAGCUACUGUCAAGAAGCCUGGGUCCUCUCUGGCAAGCAGCAGGUAGCUAAAGAAAACCACCAGGUAGCAAAGGACGUGAUGGUGCACCAGGCUUUGUUGCGGCUGCUCCGCUAUCAGACUGAUGUCCUGGUCACCUUCAAUGAGCCCCCCCCUGACAAUAGGUUAUCUCUUGGUCCUGAAAAUCUGUCACUUCUGCCCUGGAGCCUGGGUGACUUUGAACAGCUGGUGACCAGUCUGACCCUUCACGAUCCCAACAUCUUUGGUCCCCAGUAAAGAUGCUGAAACACUGCAUAAAGCUGCUGAAGCACACAGGGACCCCGUUCUGCAAGGGGACCAAGGAGUUGGAUAUAUGCCCUUAAUUCCUUCCCUGUGCAUAAACAUAAGACACCUCCUGUCUGCAGAAAUAAACUUGCUUUAUAACGAAGAUAAUAUCUCUGUGCCUUUGAAUCCAACAAGACACCUGGGUCCCCCCUGGUUCCUUUUGGUCUUGGAGUGGGGGAUUAAAAGUUUGUGCAUAGGAUCAGAAGGGGACCCAAGGCCAUCCACAUAAAAGGAGGGAAUACUUUGGAGUGAUUGGCUCUGCCCUGAGAGAGCGGGUGUGACGUGUCCGGGAGGAUGGGUAGGGAAGGUUUAAAGUGACACCCAAGGAAGGGAGGCAGACUGUUCCUUGUAGUGAUUUAACCCUGAGAAAACAGAUGGGGAGUGGUGUUGGCUGUCCCCCUUGGGUGGAUGACAGGUCACCUGGUCAGAAGUCACCAGGAUAUAGUAGUGGAGGCAGAAGUGUCCAAGGAGUGCUGAUUUGGUGGUGUGUGCAAGA